UCGAGACGCAAGAGAGUCUGCAGCACACUGUGCCCCAGCCCCACUCCUUGGGCAUCCUUCCUCUGGAGCACACAGAUGUCAGAAACUGAGCUGGAAAAGAUAAAAGUAAGGACAGCUGAGCCUUUUGAAAAUGACAAAAAUAAAGUUUCUUGGUUGAAGGAAGAUAUGCAACUCACAAGUGAAAAGCAUACGGAUGAGAAACCCAUUAAUGCUAUCGUUAUAAAUUCAGUAUCCGAAUUCAAUAUCACAGAUGGACCAGCCAAGGAAGCCUCCAAUGAGAAAAACCUGUCAGAGUCCAGCACAUCACUGUCCUCCCUUGAAGAAUGCCACACAAAAUUUUCCUACCUCCACACCGAUACUUCAGUUCCUCAGAGAGACACUGAUGAGGAAUGUGCCUCCCUGAUCCUCGCCUGUCUCUUCUGCCAGUUUUGGGAAUGUCUCCUCAUGCUCCCUGACACAUGCGAAACCAUGUGCGUCAACCUGUGCUGCCCCUCCCACAGGUAUCACCACACCGCAGACGAGGGCCACUCGCGCAGCGACUGCAGCUGCAGCUGCGAUGUGGACUGUAGCCUCUUUGAAUCGUGCCAUGAGACCAGUGAGUGCCUGGAGCUGGCCAUGGAGAUUUCAGAACUCUGUUACCGCUAG